AUGUCGUACCCUCUCCCUCCAGGCACGAGCUCGCUCCCCGCGCGACCACCGCCCAGCAAGACGCUCCCUGCGCGGCCGCCGCCCAGCACCAGCGGCUUCAAGCCGGCCUUUACGCCCUCGAGCGUGCAAAAGAGCCAGAAGCCCGCGUCGGCCCCUCCCAUUACAUAUGCGUCGUACCCGCACCGAGCGGCCCCCGGCGGCGCGCAACCCCAGUAUGGCGCGGCAGCGUCCCAGUACAGCGCCGCGCCCAGCGUGAGCGCCGCGCCCUACUCGUACGGAGCCCAGCCGACCAGCUACGGCCAGCAAUCCUACGGCCAGAACGGAUACGGCGCCGCCAGCAGCAGCAGCAGUAAUGCCGGACCGCACAUACGAAACCCAUUCCCGGAGCCCGGCAGCGCAGCAGCAGCCGCCGCCGCGCCCAUGACCGCCGGCGGCGCUCCCACCGCCGAGUACGACGCCGAGAUGGCAGCGCAGAUUGCGCAGUGGCAGAGCGCAUACCUUCCGCGCGACCCCAACGCCAAGGACGCCAAGGGCAACCCGGUCGAGCCGCUCGUCAAGGCGCCGGAGAUCUCGGUCGCGCAGGCCCACCCGGACAAGACGGUCGUCCGGCACGGCGGCGGCACCAAAUGGACCGACGAGACGCUGCUCGAGUGGGACCCGUCGCACCUCCGCCUCUUUGUCGGCAACCUCGGCGGCGAGACGACCGACGAUGCCCUGCUCAAGGCGUUUGCCCGCUGGCCGUCGGUGCAAAGGGCGCGCGUCAUCCGCGACAAGCGCACCACCAAGUCCAAGGGCUACGGCUUCGUCAGCUUCAGCGACGCCGACGAUUUUUUCCAGGCCGCCAAGGAGAUGAACAACAAGUACAUCCAGAACCGGCCCGUUGUCGUGCGCAAGGCCAACACGGAGAUCAAAGUCACCAGCGCAAAGGACAAGAACAGGAACCAUAAGAACAGGAAUAAGAGCGGCUCGGGCGGCCACGGCCACGCUCAGCAGGGCUACGAGGCAAACUUGGGCGCCAAGUCGGCGGCCGGUGUGGUCAAACCCGGUCAGAAAACCAAGAAUGGUCUGCGACUACUCGGAUGA